AUGACUUCAUUAUAUUUAGCUAUAAAACGAAAUAGUCCACAUAUUGGUCAAUUCCUUUUAUCUGAUCAACAAGCUGAUCUCAAUAUAGUUGAUCCUUAUGGACAAACUUCAUUACAUGUUGCAGAUAAUGUUGGUUAUAUUGAAAUAGUUCGAUUACUACUUUUAUCAAAUCUUAAUGAACCAUGUGAUCCAACUAUGGUUGAUUCUCAACAAUUAACAGCAUAUGAACAAGCGAAAGCUAAUCAUCACGAAGCAUGUGCUAAAUUAAUUGUAGAAUAUCAAGAAAAAUGGUUAAAACAAAUACGACAAUUAACAUCAAUAUCAAUAAAUGAGCAAACAUCUAUAAAAGCAACAAGUUCAAUAUCAAUGAAUUCAGCAGCUAAUCUUCAACGUCAACAUGAUGAAACAAGUGAUGAUUUAUCAUCAUAUUCAACAAAUAAACCAUUAAAAUUUUCAUCGAAACGAAUAAAACGACCAAGUGAUCAAUGGUCAGAUGAUAAUAUUCAUUCAAUAAAUCAAUUAAAAUUCGAAUCUUAUGAUUUAACAAGUUUAUUGAUAAAUAAUCCAUUAUAUACAGAUUCAAAAAAGAGCAAAUCUACUCAACAAACCCAAUCAUCAUCUUUCUUUGGCAUCGGACCUGUAUCUGAACGUAAGGAUAGUGAUAAUACAUCAACAAAUGAUACAAUAACAACAUCAGUGAAAAAAAUUCUUCCAACAAGAAAACAAGAAUCAAAAAGUGAUACAUGGGAUACAUCACCAUCGGAUGAUGAAAGUGUUUCAAUAGCUAAACAUAUAUCAUCAAGUUUACGUAAAACAUUACUAUUUUCAACAUCAAAAAGUAAUCGAACUAAUUCAGAUAGUGAUACACCAUCACCUUUACCAGCUACUAAUAAAGAAACAACAACAAAAGGACUUAAUAAUGUAGUAGAAGAACAACAACAACAAAAAACAGAUGAAUCAACAUGGGAUGAUUCUCGACCAUUAAGUGUUGAUUUAAAAAAUUCAAAUUCAAUUCGAACAACGAAUUUAUCUGAUGUACAAUCAAAAGGAAUUGAAAAUUUUGUCAAAAUUAUGGAUACAAUUACUCAUUCAUAUAAAAAACAACCAACAUCAUCAAAUAUUAUUGGUAAACUUGUCGUAUCACCAAUGAUUGAACGUACUAAUUCUGCAUUAUCUGAAAAUAUUUCACAUGAAGCACAAUUAUAUGAAUUAAAAGAAAAUACAAAAAGACUUGAACGUAAUCAAGAAGAUACACAAAAUCAUGAAAUGUUACGUGAAAUAGAAAAUAAAUUAGAACAAGAAAAAACUGAAAAACAACGUUUAGAAUCGACAACAAAAAAUUUAAAUAUCGAACUAAUAAAUGUUAAACAAAAACUUCAAUUAUUAGAAGAUGAAAAAGAUUUAUUAAAUCAAUAA